CUAGGAAAGUGAGAAGAAAGCGCGUGUAUUUAAUUGAACAGAAAAUCAGCCAUACCUCUCUGUUUUUUUGUACCGUCUUCUCGAAACACUUUCUCUCUCUUCUCUCUCUCUCUCCUCUCUCUCUCACACACAAAAAAACACACAGAAACUUCAUCUUCUCAAGCAACCAUGGCAUCCAACAACCUAAACCUCUGCGGCGUACUCUCCGAAACAAAGCGCAUCAUAAACGCCCACUCGCGCCAUUUUCUAGCACUAUCAGUCCUCUUCCUCCUCCCUCUCUCCUUCUCUCUCAUCGUCUACCCUUUUCUCUCUCUCUCCUCCACAACUCUCUCUCACUUCCACGACUCUCUUUUCUUCAACACCACCCCGCCGCCGAUUCACACGCCCGAUCUCCCGCUCCUCCCAAUUCUCUACGGUCUCUUCGUCUUCCUCUUCUCCCUCUGCGCCGCCGCCUCCAUCACCCACAGCACCUUCCACGGCUUCUACGGCCGCCCCGUUAAGUUCACUUCAUCAAUCAAGUCCGUCCUCCUCUCCUUCUUCCCCCUCGCCGGAACCCUAAUUAUCACCCAGCUAAUCGAGGCGCUGCUUGUCUUCGUAUUUGGGGGUUUCACUGCGUUGGUGUACAACGGAUUCGCACUGUUAGGGUUUCGAAUUGAAUACGGCAACACGUACUUCACCACCUUCGUUAUCCUGAUUGCAGCUUUGACUAUCUGUUUGCUGAUUUACCUGCACGUGGAAUGGUAUUUGUCGAGUGUGAUUGUUGUUGUCGAAUCGAAUUGGGGUUUAUCUGCCCUAAGAAGGAGCUCCUAUUUGCUGAAAGGGAUGAAAGGCGUCGCCUUUUCAAUGAUUAUCUUGUUCGGAGUGUUGACCGGGUUUUUGGGUAAUUUGUGUGCGAAUUUGAUGCCCGAUUCGAGUGAAUUUAACCAGGGUUGGGUUAGCUCGGCUUUCGUUUUCCAGACGGUGGUGUACACGGGAUUCAUGACGAUUUUGAUGCUGUACAAUGUCGCUGCGAAUGCUGUGUUGUAUAUGUACUGCAAAGCUUUGCGAGGUGAGCUGGCAUUUGAGAUAGCCGAGGAGUUUGAAAGUGAGUAUAUUCGAUUGCCGUUCGACGAUGGGAAAGUUCCUCAUGUUGUUUAUGUUGUCUAGCUUAUGAGGUUAGCAAAGCUUAAUCAUGUUUUUAAUUGUUGUUUUUAUUGUUGUUAUGAAGUGUAUUUUGUAUAAAAGUGAAGUUGUCAAAGACAUGUGAACUAAUGUAACUUAUAAAUAUGUACUUGAAACGAAAUCAAUUCGACGUGUUUCUGAAUGAUUUGUUUGGUGAUCUUGGUUCA